UCUCUCUCAAAACUGAUCACUGACACAAAACAGGCAUAGCCAGACCAACUCAGUUCCGUUUAGCAUUAACCAACGAGCACCAUCCACUUUCGGGAUAUCCCCAUCAAUCUCUCACAACCUCACUCUUAAUCAACACCCCAAAAAAUAAUGCUGCCCUCACAAUGCCGUCCCUCACCUUUAAUCAUUUUGUUCCCUCCUACAAUUUCUACUACUCUCAAAUAAUAUAUCCACUCAAUCCUCAUGGCCUGCUCUGCUUUUUUUACCAUCUUCCUUCUCGUCUCCGUCUCCUCCUCCGCCGCCGCUUCCUCCUCUAUCCAACGCGCCUGCUAUGCCACCCGCUUCCCUCCAGACUGCCUCUAUUCACUCAUCACCCGACCCUUUAAUGACCUCCCUCCCGAUCCCUCGCCCCUUCAAAUCAUCCAAUCCGCGAUCGCCUUCUCCGCCGACAACGUCAAGACCGCCCAAUCCAAGAUCAAGUCCAUCCUCGACUCCUCGUCCGACAAUGGCGACUAUCUCAAUCGCACCAUGGCCGCCAAGAGCUGCUUCGCCAUCCUACUUAACUCCGAGUAUCGCAUUUCCCUCAUCAAGAACGCCCUCCAGAGCGGCAGGACCAAGGACGCGCGUGCCUGGAUGAGUGCUGCAUUGGCCUACCAGUUUGACUGCUGGUCUGGGUUGAAGUACGUAUACGGCAAUGACGCCGCCUCCAUCGACGACACUCUGUUCUUCCUGGACUCCCUCACGAGGUAUUCUAGCAACGCGCUGAGCAUGAUGGUGUCGUACGACGUGUUUGGGAGCGACACGGCGUUGUGGAAGGAGCCGAGGACAGAGCGCGACGGCUUCUGGGAGGCACCGUCGGGAAAAGAGAGGGGGUUUGGGUACAGUGGCGGGUUUCCGUUGAAUUUGAAGGUGGACGUUACGGUUUGUGAGAAAAAAGAGAAGGGGUGUUACAAGACGGUGCAGGAAGCCGUCAACGCGGCUCCGGAUAACAGUGAAGCGAGAUUUGUGAUUCACAUAAGAAAAGGGGUUUAUGAGGAAACUGUUAGGAUUCCGAUUGAGAAGAAGAAUGUCAUAUUUUUGGGUGACGGCAUGAGGAAGACUAUUAUCACUGGAUCUGCACAUGUAGGUCAGCCUGGAAUGACCACCUACAAUUCCGCUACCGUUGGGGUUCUGGGGGAUGGGUUCAUGGCGAAGAAUCUAACAAUCCAAAACACGGCAGGACCCGAUGCUCACCAAGCAGUAGCCUUCAGAUCAGACAGCGACCUCUCAGUCCUGGACAACGUCGAAUUCAUAGGCAAUCAAGAUACCCUAUAUGCGCAUUCCCUUCGCCAAUUCUACAAAUCGUGUCGCAUCCAAGGCAACGUGGACAUGAUCUUCGGUAACGCGGCUUCGAUUUUCCAGGAGUGCGCGAUCCUGUUGAGUCCAAGGGGGAGCAACUCAAAAACAGGGGAGACCAAUGUGGUCACGGCGCACGGGAGAUCAGACCCAGCGCAAUCGACAGGCUUUGUAUUUCAUAAAUGCGUGGUGACCGGGACCAAGGAGUACAUGGCACAGUACCGUAAGAAGCCAGAGGUGCACAAGAACUUCUUGGGGAGGCCAUGGAAGGUGUACUCGAGAACGGUGUUCAUUCAUUCUGUGUUGGAAGCACUCAUCUCGGCCGAGGGUUGGAUGGCCUGGGACGGUGAUCUGGGUCUGGACACACUUUACUAUGGGGAGAGUAACAAUGCAGGUCCUGGUUCUGACAGGAGUCGGAGAGUGGCCUGGAGCAGCGAAAUCCCCCACCAACACGUGUCGUCAUUUUCUGUUGACAACUUCAUUCAAGGAAGUGAUUGGAUUCCAUCCUAUCAGCUAAGUCAUCGUUAGGGAGAAACGUAGCCGGUAGGAAGGCUUUCAUUAUUAAGGAGCGCGACGCAUUUUCAAUAUUGGCACGGAUUAGAAAUAGAAUACCAAACCGGGACUGAGAGCUUUUAUGGUGGUAGAUGAUUUUGCUGGGAAGUCAUCGAAUGCAUCCCGAGUAAUGGCUUUUAUUGAAGGUCCUCCAAUAUUUUUAAAAAAUACUGUAAGUUUCAUUAUUUACGUUAUGAUUGUACGCAGAAGCAUGUGUUCACAUGUUGCGAUCACCAAUGCAUGUAUCUGUAGUGAUGCAACGUUGAAGGGGUAGAUUACAAUACUUGCUAUCCAAGAGAAAUAUGGAUAUAAGAAAAAACAAGGGAUGGAAAUAUGGGCACCGUCA